UUUUGAAACCCCCGUCGACGGCGGCGGUGAAGCGGGGGGAGGCGAGGGGAGGCCGGGGGGCGGCGCGGGGCGCGGGGCGGGAGGCCCUCCGAAGGAACGAUGCGUGGAUGUAAUUGAAGGGAUCCUGAGGUGUCACGCGGCGGGACCACGUGGCGCAGGAUGCGUGGAUUAGGACUAUGGUCGGGAGCGGGGCUGAUUGCGUCGGGGUUCGGUCUGGGGUCGGGGUCGGGGUCGGAGGUAGGAUCGAAGUGACUUCUUCUCCUCGGCGUGGUCGUGGUGUCGACGACCAGGUCGGGAUCGUGAUCGGACUUGGCGCUAGACAUGGCGUUGGACCUGAGAUAGGACCAGCUGUUGGACCUGGAACCGUACCUGGAACCAGACCGACGACCGGAGCGGUCACUGGGCCGACGAUCGAAGCUGUCACGGGACCGACCAUCGGAGCUGUCACGGGAGCUGACGGGGUCGGGGCUGGAAUUCGGUAUUUUCGGUACACAGAUUUCCUUGGUCUCGAUCCGCUGGUUGGUGGUGGGAUAUCGGUCGGGAUCAAGCAGGACUCCCCCCACGGCAUUGAUCUUGGACCUGGACCUGGACCUGGACCUGGACCUGGACCGAGACCUGGAUCUGAACCUGGGGGCGGACGUCGUUUUGACCUUUGCGCCGGAUCUGAUAAGGACGCCGGACCUGGUGCCAAGCCUGCAGCCAUUGGGGUCGGGAUCGAGUGUUCAGAGAAGUUAGCUUCGCAGCAUGUAAGUACUCUGGUUGAUAUUGUGAGAGGUGUUCGGAUUAAGCAGGAACGCCAGGAUCCCGGCAUUGACCUGGGCACCGUACCUGGAAUCGUACCUGGAACCAUACCUGGUACCGUGCCUACAACCGUACGUGGAGCCGUGGUACCUGGAGCCGUGGUACCUGGAGUCGUCGUACCUGGAACCGUACCAGGAGCCGGACCUGGAACUGGACCUGGACCUGGACCUGGACCUGCAAUCGGACCUGGAACUGGACCUGGAACCGGACCUGAACAGGCUAAUUGGACGAACGUAGCUUCUCCGGAAGUACGGUCUGCUUCCAGAAUUAGCUCUGGUACUGGACCUGGGCCCGUACGUGGGACCAUAUUUGGUGGUGGGAUGGCGAAGGUAAUCAAACAGGAACCCUCUGAUCCUAGAAUGAGCUCUGGUACCGGACCUGGGACCACAUUUGGUGGCCAACCUUGCUCCGGAUCCGGUCCCGUACCUGGUGCGCCUUAUGGUUGCGUACCUGGCUCUGCAUCUUGUCCUGGGUCCGGCGAUGGAACCGAGGCUGAGACCGGACCAGCUGCCAACGGUUCCAUUAGAUUUGGCGCCGAUAGUCGUAACGAGCCUGGCACCGUACCUGGCACCGUACCUGGUACCGUACCUGGCACCGUACCUGGUACCGUACCUGGUACUAACACCAACACUCUCACUGACCCUUCCCGGGGUGCUGUGGCUAGCUCUGCGAUGGAUCGACGGGGUGAAUCGUGCGCCGAACCUGCUGCCGCGCAUGGGAACGAACCUCCGCAACGUGUUGUCGGCAGCGAGCCUUUGGGCGCCACUCUGGAUCAGAAAGGUGCUGGCAGCUCGCCAAGCGAGGAGGGAGCGUCCGGCGUUUCCGCGGAGGCGAAGUCUAAGUAUCUACGCCACUUCAGCGCCGCUGACAAGGAGCUGCUUACCUCGCUGGUGAAGGAGACUCAACGGUGUCAGUGUAAGGGCAAAAAUGGAGACUGGAAGGAUUACGUUCGGAAUGUCCUCAAUUUGAUGAUAUUGAAUCCGGAUCUCCACACGUGGGAGGCCCUAGCUGGCUUCAUAGGGACACUAACGGAGAGCAAAGAUAUUGAGGAUCUCGUCCAUCGAACAAGAUCGCAUCCGUUGUUCUACAACCAUUUUCACCUUCCAUCUUUCAAAGAGGGGUGGGUAAUCACAAGCCGUGGUGCGAGCAAGGAUUUCCCAGCAACGGAGGACUUACUGUCCCUAGAUUGCGAUGUCUGCGUCAGUGAGGGGCCAGUGCGGGAGGUGAUUGGUGUCUGCGUUGUUAACAGAGAGUUCAAGGUUAUGCUCAACCUUAAAGUGAAGCCGAAGUUGAAGGUCCUCCCGAUUCCCACAGCAGCAAACAAGCGGGCACUCAACGAGUACUCUACAGGCAAGUGCGAAGGGCUCGUCACAUUUGAGCAAGCCCAGGAGGCUCUGAAGGCAUUGAUCGGGCCAGGCACAAUCCUUGUCGGACAUGGGCUCCACCAUGAUCUCAAAGCUAUGAAGAUUGAUCAUGCUCGUGUCAUCGAUACAGCACUCGUCUUCGGAUAUUCGGGUGUGGCCCAUGCAGUGCCAGGUUUGCAGCAAGUGGCUUUGCCAUUACCAGGAAUGGAUGUUCAAGUCAGCGUGCAUAAGAUCCCGGACAGCGUCACAGAAGCGGAACUGCUGCAGCUGGUGCCGCCAGGAGUCGAGUGCACAGUGGAGCCCAUCUGCCGUCACCGAGGUAACUUUGGAACGACAAGUUUGAUAUUCACCAAGGCCGAGGAUGUCUAUCACCUAUUUGCCCAUACACCGGGGCAACCCCUGAAGGACGCAUUCAACCGACCACACAAGGCGGUUGUGGUUCCCAACCAGAACGGCUUCCCAGGUGUGGUUGCAAUUCGAAUGAUGUGCAAGCCCUCGGAGUUAGACUUGGCGAAAUGGGAAGAGAAGUCGAGAACGCAAUCUGGAGCAUUGAUCGGUUGGGGCCAGCUUCUCCAGGCGGUAUCGCCAUCUCCAGCUGCGGCAGCGCAGGUGCCGCAGACCGCGGAUGCUGUGCAGGUACCGGCAACAACCGAAAGGCCGCCCGGAAUGUCACAAGGGUCGACAGGGCUUGAAGGGGGAGGCACUCGAAGAGCGAGCGUCCAACAACACAGUGAUGUGGAGCAAAAGCGGACUGAGACGGGCCUAUCUGAGGAUGUUAAGAAGAUGCCGGCAGAGGACGAUAUGAAUUGUCAUAUUGACAUGGAGCGGGCCGAUGAUUCCCUUACGGAAGCGGAGAGGCAGCAGAGGGAAGAAAAGUGGGAGAAGUGGAAAAAGAAGAAGAUGGAAAAGUGGGAGAAGUGGCAGGAGAAGAAGAGGGCGAAGGUUAUAGAACAUCUGGUUGAAUCGAAAAAGAAAAGGAAUCAGAAGAUGUUGGACAAGAAGCAGAUGAAGGAGGAGAAGGAGAAGGACCAAGCGAUAAUGGAUUUGAUACAGACCAUGAAGGAGAGACAGGAAGGGAACGCAGGCCAUAACCGCAUGGAGGUAGACGAUGCGAAACUGGCGCAGAAAGGGGGGGAAGCGGUGGAUGAGAAAAAAACACAAGGCAAUCCUCAGCACGCAGAGGUGGCCCUCUCUGCACACCCGGAGACGAAAUCCAAAUCCACAGAUCCUGCCGAAGUGGAGGAUGCGAUGAAAAUGCGACUGGAACAGUCGGGAACUGCGUGUGAGGGCACAAAAGUGCGGACGAAGGCAGAAAAGCGGCGGGCCCAGAAGCAAAGGCAGAGGCAGAGGCGAGAGGAGGAAAUGCGGAAGGAGAAAAAGGAGAUGAAAGGGGGGGAGGAAGAAGGACGUAAGCUUGAGCAUGAGAGGAAGGAAAAGGACAAUCUGACUCAGCGAGUGGAUGCUUCGGGUGGUUCUGAGAUGGGUGUCGUCGGGAGCAUGAUGAACCUCCCGGAGGACACAAAUGGUCACGAUGUGGGUAUUGAGUCGCAGCAGAUUAAGAUGAAGGCGGCAAAGAAGCAGAGGAAGAAGGGCGAAGAGGAGGAGCAGACAGAAGGACAGAAGAAGCAGCCGGUGGAGCAGAGAGGCGAUACGAGGAAGAGGAAGAAGGCAGAGGAGGAGGAGGAGGAGGAGAUGCAGACAGUUGAGGAGAGAAACAGCAGGAAGAAACGGAAGAAGAUAGAGGUGGAGGAGGUGGAGGAAGAGGAGGAGCAGGAAAGCAGAAGCCAUAAGGAGAAGAAGACGAAGAAAAAAAGGAAGGAGAACGAUGACGAGGGUGAGGAGGGUGAGAAGGGGGAGGAGGAGAGGAAGGAGGAUGCCAAUCACAUGGAGAGCGUAGAGGCCAGCGAGGCCGAUACAAAAGUGGAAAGGGUAAAGCAUAGGAAAGACAAAGGGCAGGUAUCAGGGGACAAGAAGGGUGAUAUUCCGUCUAAGAGCGAGUCCAAGAAGGCAAAGAAGAGGAAAGAGAAGGGUGAGAAAGAGACGCGUUAUGAACGGGAGAAUGAUUUCGAGCUCGAAGAGCAAAAUGCGCCUACAAAGCCGAAGAAGACGAAGGAAAAGGUAAGUGAUAAAAACAUGCAGGAGGAGGAGGAUCCAGAUAGGAGAGAGUCGAAGAAGGACAAGAAGAGGCGUCGAACAGAUAAUGACGAUGAGCGUGAGCAAAGCGAUGCCACCAAGUUGAAAAGGAAGAAGAAAGAUCAUUCAAAAUACGAAGAAGAGGAGGUUGGGGGUAGUGAUGAGAUGAAAAAGGGGUGGGGAGGGCAGAACGAGAAAAAGGGGAAAGAGGAGAGGAAGGCCAAGGAGGGGGAGGAGGAGAAGAGAAGAGAGGGAGAGAAAGAGAAGAGGAGGGAGGUGGGUGGCCAUGAAGAAGGGUGGACAGGUGAAGGUGAGAAGGAGAUGAUGGGGAAGGAGAGGAAAAAGGACAAGCAAGGGGAGAAGAAGAAGAAAAAAGAGUCAGUCAAAGAGAAGAGGAGAGAGGAGGAGGAGGAGGAGUUGCCACAAGAGCUGGAUGAUGAUGUCCAUCUUCUAGGGCAUGGUGAACCCGAGGAAUUGAAGAAGGAGAAGGAGAAGAAGAAGACGGCGAAGAAGAAGAAGAAUAAGAAGAAGGAAAACCUUGACAUGGAGGAGGAGGAGGAGGAGGAGGAGGGGGAGAAAGAAGUUCAUGAUAAGGAGAUGAGAAUGAGGGAGGAGGAGGAGGAGAAGAUGACACAAGAGAUAGAUAGCGAUGUCCAUCUUCUAGGCCAUAGAGAACCGGAGGAAUCAAAGAUCGAGAAGGAGGAGGAGAAGAAGAAGAAGAACAAAAAGAAGAAGAAGAAGAAGAAGGAAGAGAAGCUAGACAAGGAGGAGAGGGAGGAGGGAGAGGAAGAUGAUCAUGAUAAGGAGGUCGCAAUGAAAGAGGAAAAGCAUAAGGGGGAAGGGGGAAAGGGGAGCAUAGUGGCAAAGGAACACGGGAGCGAAACUGAGAAGGUCAUGCACAGAAAGAAAGAAGAGAAAAAAAUGCAUCUGGAACAGCACAAUGAUUCUGAUGUUGUGAUCUGCAAGAAAUCUGGCAAGGUGAGAAAGAAGCAGGAGGAGAGGGAGGAGGACAAGGAGGAGAAGAAGGAAGAGGAGAUCAAGGAUCUAACGGUGGAGGAGCGGAACAAGAACAAGUCUAAGGACGGUGAAAAGGCAGACAAGCUUGGCAAUAUGCGGACCGAAGGAAAGUCGGACGAGGACGGUAAGGCGGAGAGCGAUGCGUCGAGAUGGAAACGUACAUUUUGUGAUGGGCCGAACGCUCCGGAGCAUGGAAAGCCGAAGAAAGAGAAGAAAAAGAAGUUGAAGGAACGACUGUGUGCGGACGGUGAGUCAGAGGUUGCGGAUGGUGCGGAAGCAUACAAGAGAAAAAAGAGAGUAGAUGAAAAUAUGGUUGCGUGGAGUGUUGAACGCACGUCGACGGAGAAUGCGGAGUCGUCAGAGGAUGGGGACGACAGUCGCAAGGACAGGAAAAAGAAGAAGAAAAAGAGGAAGGAGUCGUUGGCAAGUCAUGCCGAUUCGAUUGGCACGAAGAGUGCUGAACAUAUGCGGAUGGUGAACGCGGAGGAGUGGGAGGAUGAGGACGACAGCCGUAAGGAAACGAAAAAGAAAAAGAAAAAGAGUAAGGAGGAAUUGGGAAGCAAUGCCGACUUGAUUGACACAAAGAGCGGUGAACGUCCGCGGGGGAUGGGGAAUGACGAGGAGUGGGAGAAGGAGGGAGUUGAGAAUCGAAAGGAAGGGAAGAAGAAGAAGAAGAAGAAGAAGGAGAGGGAGGAGAGGGAGAGGGAGGAGGAGGAGGAGUUGGGCAAUGAUGGCGACUCAAUUGCGGCAGCCCGAAAUGGAAAGAGAAAGUUGGCCGAGGAUGGGGACGGCCGAAGUGAAGAUGAAGAGUGCGUAAGGAGUUUGACGGGAAGACUUAAACCUACACCACAAUUGGACCCUCAGCCUGAUGAGGAGGCUGCCAAGAAGGCGGAGGCUCUGGAUGCAGAGGACUUAGAGUGCAGGGUAAAGGCGCAGUCUGCGGAGCUUGAACGCUUGAAGGCAAUGAUUCACGGUCUUGUCAAAAAAACUGUACUGUAAAUCCUCAUCCUUGAAACAUGUUAAAUCCUCAUCCUUUUUUGUUUCUUCUUCUUAUCCUCAUCCAUAAUGGACGGUUCGACUUUCCAAUCAU